CGUGACUUUGUCACGGGAGAUGGGUGGGAUGGACGUGGUGGAGUUUAAAAAAAAAUUAACUUUAUUAACAUCACAGACAUUACAGUGGAAGAAAAUAGAUCAGCACAUUCAGUUAAAUAAAAUAAUGAACUAUAAAUAUCUAUCUAAUGACACGAACGAGGACAUUAAGAAUCUCUUUUCUGUAAAUACAUAAAGAACAUGAGUGAAGAGAACAUCCAGAAGGUUUCUCAGUAAAAGCUAAGUUCUGUAAAUAAAUAAAGAAUAUUAGAAUCUGCAGAAUGUUUCUCACUCGGGUGCAAAAAUGUUUUUUCACAGACAAUAAAGUUGUAGAGGGAAAAAAAGCUUCUCUAACAGGAAGUGACGCUUCCGGAACGCUGAGUCAGCUGAACCAGACCGGAAGCAAAACAAGCAGCUGGAGCAGGCGCAGCAGCGACCGGAGCUCGUGCCGCUCAGAUACUUUUAGAUUUUAAUUAAAAGUUAAAAGUAAAUUUUCAUAUUUUUAUUUUCAUGUGAAACUGACGUCACACAGGUACUUCCCCAGACAGGUGAGCGGCGGCACGAGACCUGUCUGCUCAACCCGGAAGUCCAGAAGAGAAGCUUUGUUGUCGUGGUAAUGAAGAGGAGUCGGGUGUUGGCGGUGCUGGUGGGCGGGGUCUUCUGCGUAGCUUUGAUGUCAUUGUACCGCAUGCUGGAGCUGAUGCAGGGGGCGGAGCUUCAGCGAAGUGGGAACUCACCUGUUGUACUGGUGGACGAGGAAUUGUCCCGCCUCCAGCAGAAGAUUGACAAGUUGGAGCAUCUCCUUAGCGACAACAACCGUCUGGUUGCCACACUGCGGGAUUCUCUGAUCCACCGCAAAGCAUCAUGGGAAAAAGAAGGAGAAGGAGCCAACGUAAGCUCAGUCUCUACCCACAUCGGGGCCGACGAGCUGCCUGGCUGCCGAUCUGCCGGAAAGAUGAAGGAUGGAGCUGAUGGCGUUCAGCUGCUGGACGUCUAUGACCUCCUGCCCUUUGAUAACCUUGACGGUGGCGCCUGGAAACAGGGUUUUGAGAUCCAUUACAAUGGAAACGAGUGGGAUGAGCAGCCGCUUGAAAUUUUUCUUGUUCCACACUCACACAACGACCCCGGUUGGUUAAAGACCUUUGACCUUUAUUAUCAGGAUCAGACAAGACACAUCCUUAACAACAUGUUGAUCAAACUGAGCGAAGACAACAGGAAGAAGAUGAUCUGGGCAGAAGUCAGUUAUUUCUCUAAAUGGUGGAACGACAUUGACGAUCAGAAGAGAGAGAUGGUCAAACGUCUGGUGGGGGCAGGGCAGUUGGAGCUGGUGACGGGCGGCUGGGUGAUGGCGGACGAAGCAAAUUCUCAUUACUUCGCUCUGUUGGAUCAGCUGAUCGAGGGUCAUCAGUGGAUUCAGAGACACCUGGGCGUGAAGCCAAGCAGCGGGUGGGCGAUUGAUCCAUUUGGCCACUCCCCCUCCAUGGCCUACUUGCUGAAAGGGGCGGGGCUUAGCAACAUGGUCAUUCAACGAGUUCACUAUGCCGUCAAGAAACAGUUUGCCCAGCAACAGACGCUUGAGUUUCAAUGGCGACAGAGCUGGGACUCCUCCCCCCGUAGUGACAUCACGUGUCACAUGAUGCCAUUCUACAGCUAUGACGUACCACACACGUGUGGACCGAGCCCGUCCGUGUGUUGUCAGUUCGACUUCCACCGCUUGCCAGGAGGGCGGGUCUUCUGUCCGUGGAGAAUACCACCUCAGCCAAUCACAGAGCAGAACAUCCAGGAGCGCGCUCUCGUCUUAUUGGAUCAGUACCGUCAGAAGUCCCGUCUCUUUCGUUCUCCGGUUCUCUUCGUUCCCCUCGGCGACGACUUUCGGUUUGUGGAGUCAAGCGAAUGGGACGCUCAGUUCCAUAACUACCAGAAACUCUUUGACUACUUUAACCAGAACCCACAGCUGCACGUCAAGGCUCAGUUCGGGACCCUGUCAGAUUACUUCCAGGCUCUCGAGCGGCGCCUGAGCGCAGCAGGAACGACGUUGCCGACCCUUCGCGGGGACUUCUUCACCUACGCCGACCGUGACGACCAUUACUGGAGCGGAUACUUCACCUCCAGACCGUUUUACAAACGUCUGGACAGAAUGCUGGAGGCCACGCUCAGAGCCACAGAAAUUCUCUUCACGUUGACACUGGCUGAAAUGCGACGUCGUGUGGUCGCAGAUUUUCCGGCUCAAGAACACUUCCGGCGCCUGACAGCGGGGAGGCGGAGCCUAGCACUGUUCCAGCACCAUGACGCUGUCACUGGGACUGCCCGUGACCCUGUGGUGGUCGACUACGGCACCAGAUUGUUUCGCUCCAUCCUGAACCUGCGCCAGGUGCUGCAGAGCUCCGCCCACUGGCUGCUCCUAUUGGACAAGAGCCUUUACCACCACGACCAGUCGAAACCCUUCCUGCUAAUGGACGACGUGAUCUCAGCUCAGGACGCUUUGCCUCAGAAGACGCCGCUCGUGCUCAGCGAUGAGCCCAGGCCGUUGAUCAUCUUUAACCCGACGGAGCAGCUCAAAACGUCUGUCAUCACAAUCGUGGUCGAUUCUCUGGAUGCUCGUGUUGUUGAUGCAGAAACCGGUCAGCCAGUGGCUGCGCAGAUCUCGGCCGUGUGGACAGAGCCGAGCCGAGCGUCCACAGAGGCGUUCCAGUUUUCCUUCGUGGCUGAACUUCCUCCUCUGUCACUCGUCGUGUAUCAUGUGAGCAAAGCAUCAGCUGGCUCCUCCCACCAGGCACAGUACACCUUCCAUCGUCGUGGCAACACACCGACUGUUCACACCAAACACUUUCAGGUGUCGCACCUCACUGGAACUGAUGCCGACAAGCCAGUGUCGCUUAGCAACAAGCAUGUCCAAAUAUGGAGUUCCCUGGAGACUGGCCUGCUGCAGGAGCUGCGUCUUCAAUCCGGUCUGGUCCGUAAGGUCCAAAUCCAGUUCCUGUGGUACGGAACCAGAACUGGAGCAAACCGGGACAAGAGUGGAGCCUACCUGUUUCUGCCAGGGGAGGAGGGGGCCAAGCUCUACUCGUCCUCAGAGCCCCCCCUGGUCCGGAUCUCCAGAGGUCCCAUCUUCUCUGACAUCACUUCCUGUUACCGACACUUCACACACACGGUGCGGCUCCUCCACCUGGACGGGCAUGCUGGGAAGUCCCUGGAGAUUUCCAACACGGUGGACAUCAGAUCAGAGAAGAACCGCGAACUCGUCAUGCGUCUUGUCAGUGAUGUCGCCAACGGCAACCGUUUCUUUUCCGACCUCAACGGUUUCCAGAUGCAGCAGCGAAGGACCCUGGCUAAGCUCCCCCUGCAGGCCAACUUUUAUCCAAUGACCUCGUCCUCGUUCCUUCAGGACUCAGCGUCUCGUCUGACGCUGCUGUCGGCACAGAGUCAGGCCGUCGCCUCGCUCAGACCAGGUGAGCUGGAGGUGGUGUUGGACCGGCGGCUGCAGCAGGACGAUAACCGCGGCCUCGGCCAGGGCGUCACCGACAACAAGCUGACGGCGAGUCUUUUCCAACUGCUGCUGGAGGAGCGGAGGGGCGGGACUCAGGAGGUGGGAGGAGCCUCAGUUGACCACUUGUCACUACUCGCCCACCUGUCCUCGCUCUCCCUCUGCCACCCACCAGUCACCAUGGUCACCCACAGCAACACCAAGCUGCCAAAGCUCCGCCCAUUCCGGCCACUCAGCUCAUCGCUGCCGUGCGACAUUCACCUGCUGAACCUGAGGACACUGGAGGACGCUCAGGAAGCAGAGAGCCCGUCACAGGAAGCUGCUCUCCUCCUACACAGGAAGGGCUUUGACUGUAGCACCAUCCCAAAGCCAGCGCCUGUGUGCACAUGGAGCGUGCACGAGGAGGUGAAUCUGGCCGAUUUUUUCUCUCCUCUUCAGUUUCGCUCAGUUCGUCAUUCAGGUCUGACUCUGCUGCGUGAAGAUGACCCCGACGAGCCCCCCCGCCAACAGCAGCCGCCGCAGAUGACUCGUCUGCGGCCGAUGGAAAUCAGUGCGUACCGCGUGGAGAUCGACUGAAAACAUGAAGGAACAAAAUGUGACGGCAAACUCGUGAUGUCACAUGAUCACGGGGUUUUUACAAUCUGCAGGAACUAGUGAAGUGUACAGGUGAAGUGAAUAUGGAAGAGAAAUGGUGACAAAAAAAUCUGUCAAAAAAGUAAAGUAAAGGUUAUUAUUAAAAAAAAUUAUGAGACAGUUAAAAUUUUAAAGAAAAAGUGGGAAAUAAUCUGGAAAUACGGAUCCACUGUGUUAAUUUACCAUUUUAAACAAAUAACCCAAGGAGAAAAUAUCGAAAAGAACAUGGAGACCAAAAAUGAAAAGAGAAAACAAAGCUGCUAAAAGCAGUGAAAAAACACACAAAAACAUCAGAAGUCAAGAAUUGAUAUAAAUAUCUGCUGCUGUUUUAAUAAUUGAUUUAUCAGUUUGAGUCUUUAUUAAAAAUCAGUUCCUAAAAUGUGAAGAUUUCCUUCAGUUUUCUCUGAAAGGAUAAAACAUUUUCUAACAUUUUAAAAAUCAAACGUCAAAUCGAUCUAUGACUAUUAAUCAAUCUUCAUUUAUCUGUCAAUGAAAGUAAUCAUCACUUUCACUUCUGGAUGUUUGUCUUCCGCAAAAAGAAGCUAAAAACUGGGUCAGUCUAAAGGUCAAAGGUUAUUUUAAUAAACUGAAGAAAACACUGAAGUUUAACCUUUAACAGGUGAAGUUGCUUUGUCAACAAAAAGGGACCAAUCGAGUUGUGAGCUCGAUGUUUGAUGAAUGUUUUAAAUGAAUGUGUGAGUCUGCGGUGGAUGGUCAGAGUAUGUGUUGUUGCUGCUACUUUUUUAAUUCAGUGUCAUUUCUCUGUUUAUGCAGGAAUGUGGAAUUAUGCGUAAACGUGUCCUUAAAGUGUGAUUGAUUUGAUUUUAUUGAUUUUAUCUUGUUGAUUUUGUUUGAAUGAUUUUUAUUUAUUUUGUGUCAUUGAUUAGUUGUUUGUCUUAAAUUGAUGUUGAUUUAUUACACUGGAGAUUUUUUACUUUGUGCGUUUUUCUUUCCAAAAUGUGUGUAUAUAUUAAAUUUAUAUACAUAUUUACAUGUUUUAAAAAUAUAUUUCUAUUUAUGCUGUAAUUGAGAAACUUUUGGGAAAUUUGGGGAAAUACUUUUUUUUAUCUAGAAAGUUUAUAUUUUGCUGUAACAUGAAGAUUUAAAUCAUAAAAUGGUGAAGUUUUGUAAAAUGAAGGUUUUUUACUGUGAAUUUUUUUAAAUACUUUCAUUUAUUUUUGGGAUGAUUUUUGUUUUUGAUAGAAAAAUAAAUUAUUGUUUAAUCUUUGUUGACUACAGUAGUUUAUUUUCAUACAACAGUUUUGUUUUUUUACUUUUGGUUCGGUUGUGUUAAAUAUUUGAAUUUCUCCAUCGUCUCUUAGAGACAGAAACCGGUCAGACGGAAGCUUUGUGAAUUCUUUAUGUGAAUAAACAGAUCCAACAAACUGUGACAGAACCGA